AUGUCUGCCUUCACCGUCAACACCCUCGUUAGCCGGCACUUCCCCGUCCCUGUCCUCUAUGUCGUCCUCCUCGCCCUUCUCCCAUGCAUCUCCCUGGCCAUCGCGCUCACCAUCCUGUUCACUGCCCGCGCCCGCGCCCGCGCCUCACUCGACCCAGGCUCUGACGGUCCACGCCGUACCGACGACGACGAAGGGCAGUUCGCACUCCCUCCCCCGUCGCACGUCCCGCUCCACGACAUGAGCCCGGGCAUACGCCAGCACGCGGGCCCAUUCGACACGCUCGACCUCUCGGACGAAAAGACCCUCAAUGGCGAAGACGCGCGGAACACGCUCCCUGAGCUGAUGCGCACGGGCGGCAGCCCGAAGAUGCGGAGGUCGUUGUGGAGCGCGCUUGCGGGUUACCGUCCCCAGGCGGACGUUGAAGCGGGUCGUGGUGCAGGUUCGUUUGCCUCUCAGCAAGCCGGUUCGUCUUCUGCUUCUUCCCGCGCGGUCAAGUCAACCACCACCCCCACCGCUUCGCGCUUCAUGGCAGCCUCCCCUGUGCACUUCACGAUCGCGUCCCCGCGGACGAUGUCUGCGUCCACAUCGGCGUCGUCGCUGCUUUCGGCUGAUCUGGAGGCACCCGUAAACCAUCACAACGGCGCGUCAGCCUCCGAGUCUACCACUUCGCUGUCGAACUUCAAGGCCCUUUCCUCUGUCUUUGCCGACCACGACGUCUCCCGCUCUGCACCGGCUACUCCCUCGCUUGCCUCGGACGACUCGGACUCGGACUCGGAAUCUGCCCCUUCGUCGCCGACCUGGAACACGCAAGCGACGCCGCGCGAUUCGAUGAUCGAGAGCGCCGUCGUCGUGCCGUCUGCGAAGAUGCACGGCGAGGGGCGCGCGGCGACGGAGGUGCAGGUGUUCCGGUGCGCGAUGACCGACGUUGCGUUCCCUCUCGGGCUCGGGCUCGGACUUGGGAGCGUCUUGGACUUCAAGCACAAGAGCUCGAAGGCGGCCUAUGUCUCUCAGGAUGUCGCUUUUACUCUGGGCCUUGGUUUAUUCUCUAUCGACCACGACUGUUUCGCAAACGUCGGCGCUUCACCGGCGCCUCUCCCGUCGGCUCCCGCUCCCACUUCGGCGAAUGGUAACACUUGGAACACGAACGCGAACAAGGGCGCGACUUCGGGCGCGCUCCUCCCUUCGGCCUCGCUCGCGACUUCCGGGAGCUGCACGUCGUUCGUCACCGCCUCGUCCUCGUCUUCCGGCACCGGCGCGGACGCGGAGCUCGCGCUCGCGCUCGCGGACGAGCGCGUCCUCGGCUCUGCGGACCUCCCGCCCACGCCAUCGUCCUCCACCUACGGCCGGGACGCGACCCCGCGCAAGCCGACGGCGACGCGGCGGCUGUCGGAGCUGCUUGACGCGCUCGCGACGAGCUUCUCUUUCGCGUCGGACUCGGUCGCGCUGUCGGAGUCGGGCUUGGACGACGCGGGGUGGACGGCGGACGUGUCGUGGUCUUCGGAGGAGGCGAACGAUGGGCGGAAGGAGGUGUAUGCGGCGCUGUGA